AUGUUCUCCAAAGUUUUUGGUAUCAGCGCUGUUUUAGCGGUGGCCUCUGCAGGCCUCCUCCCAGCUGCCCACUACUCACCAGCGUCCGCAGUGUCUUCACAAAGCAUUGUCCGCCAUGAGCAGCCAAUCGCCGUAGCCGCUCCCGUUGCAUACCAAUCUGCUCCACUCUCAUACGCCUCUCCCGCUCACUACUCCUCUGCUGCCGCUGUCUCAUCUCAAAACAUCGUUCGCCACCAACAGCCCAUUGCCUACAACGCCGCACCUCUCUCUUAUGCCUCACCUCUUUCUUACGCUGCUCCCGCUCGUUACUCAUCUGCCAUCUCCUCCCAGAACAUCGUUAGUCACGGACAGGCUAUUGCUCCCGCCCGUCUGGCUUACCAAGCUGCCCCUGCUGUGAUCGCUCCCGUUGUCCACGCUGCACCUCUUGUCCACGCUGCUCCAGCCCGCACCAUCAUCGCCCAACACGAGGAAUACGACGCACACCCCAGCUACGACUUCUCCUACUCCGUAGCCGACGGCCACACCGGUGACAACAAGUCCCAGCACGAGAGCCGUGACGGAGAUGUUGUACGUGGUGAAUACUCCCUGGUUGAAGCUGAUGGCUCAAUCCGCCGCGUAGAGUACUCCGCUGAUGACCACCAUGGCUUCAACGCUAUUGUUAGCAACUCUGCACCCGCUCACGCCGCUUCUGCCUACGCACCAGCUGCCGUUCUUGCUCACCAUUAA